CCUCAAAGCGUUAGUCUCCGCUGGAGUUCACCGAUCGGCUCUGUAAUGGCGGAUCCUUUAUGCCUAACUCGGUAAUACACGAUCAUUAGCGUCGUUACUGGCCUCGAAGAUGAAAAGGGUUUAUCCAUGGUCGCUUCCGCUGCUGAUUUUGUUGUUCUCUGGGACAUUUCCUGUUCCGAUCGCACUUGGGUCGGGAGAUGCUGAGGAAUUCAGCGAGGAGUUGCUGUUGAAGCCUUUGCCUGAUCGCAAAGUGUUAGCUCACUUCCAUUUCGAGAGUCGAGCCCCUCCGUCAAACUCCCAUGGCCGUCAUCACCAUCUCUUCCCGAAAGCUAUUUCUCAGCUGGUUCAGAAAUUUCGGGUCAAAGAGAUGGAACUAUCUUUCAGUCAGGGUCGAUGGAACUAUGAACAAUGGGGCGGAUUUGACCCGUUGUCAAGCAUGAAUGCAAAGCCAGUCGGGGUCGAGCUGUGGGCUGUUUUUGAUGCUCCUCAGUCUCAGAUUGAUGCUUCCUGGAAGAACUUGACUCAUGCACUUUCGGGCCUUUUCUGUGCUUCAAUCAAUUUUCUAGAAUCGUCCACUUCAUAUGCAGCCCCGACAUGGGGGUUUGGACCGAAAUCAGACAAGCUGAGGUAUGGAUCGCUGCCACGUGAAGCUGUUUGUACCGAGAACUUGACGCCGUGGUUGAAGUUACUUCCAUGUAGAGACAAGGAUGGAAUUUCUGCGUUAAUGAAUAGGCCAUCUAUAUACAGAGGAUUUUAUCAUUCUCAGAGAUUGCAUUUGUCCACAGUUGAAUCUGGACAAGAGGGAUUGGAUUCUGGCAUCAUUCUUGAGCAGACACUUACUGUUGUUCUUCGCCCUGAUAGUGGGUCUGGUGAAACAAAUGUACAGCCUAGCUGGUCCCUGAGCUCUCUUUUUGGAAGAAAAAUUGUUGGAAAAUGUGUUCUUGCAAAGUCAAGUAACUUGUAUCUUCAGUUGGAAGGUCUUCCAGUUCAUAAACUGAGGACAGCAGAUCAAGAACAAGACACAAAUGGAAUCUGGAAGAAUGCUGGUUUCGAAUUGUCUGUUGGGCCAGACAGGGUUCUUCAGGAGACCACCGGCUAUCUAUUUGUGUUUGACAUUGACAAAUACACUGACAGCAAGCCAUUUGAUCUCGGCCUUACUUGGAAGCGUCCAUCCAAAUGGUCUAGUGGACAAGCUCCAUUACAUGCUAGUCGUUUCUUGAUGGGAAGCGGGAACGAAAGGGGUGCAAUAGCAAUCUCAUUAAAAUCGACAGAAACAUGUGAGAAGUUGUCGGGUAGAGAUCCCAGUCAGGGCUCAUGUACACUACGGGCUGACAUUUUCCAAGUAUUCCCAUGGUAUAUUAAGGUUUACUACCAUACUCUGCAAGUUUUCGUGGACCAAGAACGGAGGACAGUCAGUGAGGUCAUAAAGAAUAUCACGGUUUCACCUUCUACAGAUAAGCUGUCACCUGGAGUGAUGGAGAUGAUGCUGGAACUACCAUGUGGGGUGAAAUCUGCCGCGUUGUCGCUGGAAUUUGAUAAGGGUUUCCUGCACAUUGACGAAUAUCCUCCUGAUGCUAACCAAGGAUUCGACAUUCCAUCGGCUUUGAUAAGCUUUCCGGACCAUCAUGCCCAAUUAGUUUUCCCCGAAGAAUCGACCAACUCGCCCUUGCUAUCGAAAUUUAAGGAAAGAUCCCCAGUCCGUUCUUACACGGAAGUCUUGCUCGUGCCAUUGACAACUCCUGAUUUCAGCAUGCCUUACAAUGUAAUCACGAUCACAUGCACCGUCUUUGCAUUGUACUUCGGAUCAUUGCUCAACGUUCUUCGCAGACGAGUCGGGGAAGAAGAGAGGCUACUCAAAAGCAAAGCAGACAAAAAAUCGGGUAAGCUUGCGCAGCUAUUGACAAGAAUUGCAGCCAAGAUUAGAGGAAGACCGGUGGAACCAUCGCCAUCGGAGCCACUCGAAGCUUCAUCAUCGGUAUUGUCAUCUAAAUUUCUCUUAAAGAUCAUAUUAGUUGCCGGAAUUGCUGCGGCAUGGCAGUAUUUUUCCACUGAUAAGUAGGUUUGGAGAGAGAUGAUAUUUGCCUUGAGCAGUGAUGCAGGGCCCCCGAGGAUUUGUACAAUUGUCUGAAAUCUUUUUCCUUUUUUGUUCCAACGGUUGUGAAUGAAACCUCUGACCGAGAUGGAGGUUUUGCCGAGUUUACACAGAAGAGUCUCUCCGACAUGGACGGAGAGCGGAAGGUUUGACUGAGGUUACAGUGUUGUAGGCUUUGAUUGGUCUCUUAGUUGAAAUGGGCCUUUGGGCCCAUAUUUAUGUUGGUUAUGUUAUCCAAAUUGCUUUACUUUA